UCACUAUAUUUUAUUUAUAUCUUUCAGGAAAUGAAGAUCCAUCCUAAAGCCGUGAAGGGCGACAAGAACCAAGUCGGAGCGCCCAUGCCUGGAACAGUCCUGACCAUCAAGGUGAAAGAAGGCGACCACGUUGAAAAAGGCCAACCUAUCGCGGUACUCUCCGCCAUGAAAAUGGAGAUGAUCGUGCAAGCGCCUAAGGCCGGCACCAUCAAAACCGUGUCCAUCACCAAUGGACAGAAACUGGAGGGAGACGACCUCAUCUGCACUAUUGAGGACUAAGGUUGUUAAAGAAUACUAGUGACGCGGUUUUACUCUGAAAAUACAGCGCGGUUACUCCGAAAAACAUUCUAAAUUUCGAAUAUUGCCAUCCCUCUCACGCAAAGCGAUAUGCCAGCAUGGGUGAGGGUGACAGAUAGACACGAAACUACGUACAGCGUUUCUGAGUAGCCCUGCGAGUGUCUAAAAACUUACCGAUCUAAUAUAGCUUGUAUGUUAAAAUGAUAGGAUUUUAAAGAGCAGAUUUUAUAUUAAAUUUUGUUACUAUACUCGAGAAAAUAUUUUAUCUAUAAAAAGGCUAUGCGUGUGUGAAAUACGAUACCUUUUUGGAUCGAAUCGUUUUAGAUACUCCCUGUAUAAACCGAAUUUAAAACAUGGCUAAAGAUUUCCCACCUACUGUGUAGGUUAUAUUUUCCCCUUUGCCUGUAUUUUAUCAAUACUCGAAACGCAGAGUAAAAACCGGGUCACGGAUUCACAGCCUUGAUUCUAACUAGCUAAGCUGUAAAACAGUGUGAACCAAUAAACUAUGUUUCGGCACAAAUAUUACACCCUGUAGCUAGUUCCAAACCAUUUUGGCUCUUAGAAACUUCGAUUGGCUAGACACUAGAAUCGUGGAUAUAGUUGAGUCUAAUAAAAUUGGACGAUUGAUAAGGCUGUUUGAAUCACUAUAAAAUUAUUCGCAAAAAGACAUUGUUGCACAUUAUCGUUUUAAGUGAAAGUGGUAUGUAUGCUAUGUUCUGUCGCUUAUUUAUUUACACAUCAAUACCUGUGAUAAUGACAUUAAAACUUAGUGUCAAUUAUAAACUAGAAAUCAUGAGAAUACAUCACAGUACAAA